AUGUCCAACGGUCCCAUCACUGAAAAUGAGAAGAGACAGCUUGUCGGUGCUCUCCAGACCCAUCGUCUGAAUACCAUAGCCGAGCUUCGCCGCGCUGAGAAGUCCCUGGCCACCAUUGACUCGGCCGAUGUCUCGGAGCCCAUGACCUCUGCAUGGACAUACUACGUCAACCACCAUGGCCUUCUCACAGAGCUCCGUAGCUUAUCCCGCAAUUACCCUUUCAAUUCUGAUUGCGUCGAAGAGGCCAAACGCCGCGUUUACUCGGAUCCCAACAGCAACCGGAGUUGGAACCUUGCAUGGCUCGUGUUGACCAAAAUCCAGACCGACCAGUUGAUUCCUUACUACGCCCGCUACCAAGCCUCCCAACCGGCCAUGUGGGGCAACCACGCCCCGACUGCGGACGGAGUGGCUAAGCUCGCUAGCGCCUUCGUUAGCGAGUGGAACCAUGCCGUCUCACAGAUGCUCCGCUACUGGGAGCGUCCGCCUGUCUCGCAUUGA